AUGGCGAAUGAGACUGACCCCGAGCUCGCAUUACUCUUCGAGGCCUACACGGAGUUGUUAAAAGAGGAGCUGUUGCUACAACCGGGUCAGCUCAAGCAAGCUCUUGACGCACUGCCCGAGAAGAAGAGGCCCAUUUCCGCUGAACGCAUCAAUCCUUGGAAGCUAUACAAUGGUGAGAACGACGGCGACGAGGAAGUUCUUCAGAAGGAAGAGACUGCCCAGGAGGAGGACGAUGGCCCCGGUGAGGAAGACGAAGAAUGUAGGCCGUCAGAGCAUUCUAAUUGCGAACAUGUCGAUGCCGGCAACGCCAACAGCGACAACGAAGACGGCAGCAACAGAGACAGAGACAACAACCACAGCGAAGCAGAAAUGAUGGAGCCCGAACUGUCAGAAGUUGAGACUACCGACGGCGCGCCUGACACCUCACAUCCACAGAGGUGGAAACGACCAAUGUACUCGAGACAACGCUACGAGAUCUGUGCAAACUGUGAAGAGGAGUACGAUGUCACUUUGAACCGCAACAACAGCUGCAGGUACCACGCAGGUGGAUUGUUCCUCAACUUCGGUCUGGAGUGUUGGAGGGAAGCGAUCUGCGAGGGCGAGAUCGAAGAUUGCGGCGAUAUCGAGGACGCGGCAGAGAAUCGACGCAAGCAUGCCGGUGGAUGCAACUAUUCGUGCUGCUGGUGCCCCGCACCGUGCAUGGUUGGAGGACACCGACCACACAAAUCCAAGAGACUCUGCAACAGCUAG